AUGGCGAAGAAAACGUUCAUCGUGACCGGUGCAUACGGUGGAAUAGGAAAAGCGAUUUGUGAGAUUUUAGCUCAAGAUCACAAUCGACAAAUAAUCUUAGCUGGUCGAAAUGAAAAAGCAUUAAACACGACCGUCGAAGAAAUCAAAGCCAAAACGAACAAUCCAGCGAUACAAGGUUAUGUCGUUGACUUCUCAUCGAGAAGAUCAAUCGAGAACUUUGCUGCGCAGUUGAAAGAUCAACCGGUUGAUGUCCUGAUUAAUAAUCACGCUACUGGGCCACAGAAACGUGAAGUGAAUGAAGAUGGUAUUGAACUUCAAUUUGCUACGAAUGUCUUAGGGUAUGUAUGGAUGACGAAUGCAUUGGAAAACAAUUUGAAAAGAUGUGCACCACAUGCACGAAUUGUUAAUGUAGCAAGUUACUGGGCUGGUGGCCUCGAUAUCGACGAUUUAGAGUUUAAAAGGCGAUCUUAUACAACAGAUGCUGCUUAUCAACAAGCAAAACAAGCCAAUCGAAUGUUAACAUUAGCUUACGCAGAAAAAUAUCUUCACGAUGGAAUAACAGUCAAUGUUUGUCAUCCCGGUGAUUCCAACACAAAAUUAAGCAACUCAAUGGGCUUUGGCGGUCAUGAAACCCCAGAACAGAGUGCUCGAACACCUGUUUAUUUAGCGACAUCGGAUGAUGUAGCAAAGAUCACUGGAAAAUAUUUCCGCGAUUGUAAAGUUCAAAAUGAUUCGUUUAUGAAAGACAGAGAAUUAGUUCAAAAACUUUAUGACAUUUGUCAAAAAUAUUGA